CGAGAGGAGACGCGAAAAAUUGGAGGGAUUAGGAGCGCGAGGAGGAAGUGGCGGAGACGAAGGUGGAUGGUAGAGGGGCUUGGAGUGAGGAGUGCUCUGUGACCAUGAAUCAAGAAGAGCAAUUAUCAUUUAUUGCAGAAUGGUAUGAUCCCAAUGCAAGUUUAAUUCGCCGUUAUACGUUCCUGUAUUAUCCAAAAGAUGGAUCUAUUGAAAUGUUUGACAUUAAAAACCAUCGUACCUUUCUGAAACGAACUAAAUAUGAUGAAUUACGUUCAGAAGACUUGUUUGUUGGAAGCAUAAUUACUGUAUACGCUCGUCAGCUGCGACUGGUAGACUAUGGGGACCAAUAUACAGCACGCAGACUGGGAAGUAAGAAGCAAAAGACACUGGGUGUAAUAAAGCCAACUACUGAUGCUAAACUAGGAAAAUUGAUUGACCACAUCUACAGUUCAGGAUUGGUAAUAACCAGAGCAAAAAUGAUUAACUUAACUGCUGAUCUCCUUCAGUAUUUAAGCUGUGGUCCUGCAGUUGCACUGGAAAUUUUGGGAGAUGAGGCAGUAUCUGCUUGGAAGAAGUUAAUUGAAUCUGGAGAUACAAACAAAGCACAAAGUGAAACUAGUGUGCGAGCACUUUAUGGAGAUGUUGAUAUCUGGAAUAAUGCUUAUGGCUCUGAAUGUGCCACAACUGCAGCUCGAGAAUUAGAUAUUUUCUUCCCAUCAGUUGGCAGAGGACCAUUAAAUACAGCAAAAUGUAUUGAUUGCACUUUGUGUAUUAUCAAGCCACAUGCUAUUGCUGAAGGUCUGGCUGGAAAGAUUUUGAGUACCAUUGAAGAGAUGGGAUUUAAUUACAGCGCACUUCAAAUGUUCAAUAUGGAACGAGCCAAUGCAGAGGAGUUCUUAGAAGUAUACAAAGGAGUUGUUUCUGAAUACAACAGUAUGGUAAUGGAACUAUGUUCAGGACCUUGCCUUGCCUUGGAAUUGCAGGGGAAGGAGAUUCAGAAGUCAUUUAGAGAAUGCUGUGGACCAUUGGACCCUGUGUUUCUUAAACAAGAGAAAAUCUGCAGAUGCUGGAAAUCCAAGCAACACACUGGAAGAACAUGCUGGAAGAACUCAGCAGGCCAGGCAGCAUCUUUGGGAAAAAGUGCAGUCGAUGUUUCGGGCUGAGACCCUUCAGGAGGACUGGAGAAAAAAGAUGAGCAGUCAGAGUUAGAAGGUGGGGGAGGGGAGGCAGAAACACAAGAUAACAGGUUGGAGGCUACCCAGACAGAAUAAAAGGUGUUGCUCCUCCAAGCUGAAUGUGGCAUCAUUGCAAAGGUAGAGGAGGCCAUAGAUUGGCAUGUCAGAAUGGAAAUGGGCCAACACCCCCCACCCCAACCAUCCCCUUCCCCCUCUCUCGUGAGCUUCCCUGACCCUCUCCCCCUUUCUUUCGUCCAUGGCCUUCUGUCCUCUCCUAUUAGAUUCGCCCUUCUCCAGCCCUGUAUCUCUUUCACCAAUCAAUUUAACAGCUCUUUACUUCACCCCUCACCACCCCCCCCAUUCUGGUUUCACCAUCACCUCAUGCUUCUCCCUCCCCUCCCACACCUUCUAACUCUGACUGCUCAUCUUUCCUCUCCAGUCCUGCUGAAGGGCUUCAGCCUGAAAUGUCGACUGUACUCUUUUCCACAGAUGCUGCCUGGCCUGCUGAGUUCCUGCAGCUUUCUGUGUGUGUUGUGUUUCUUAAAGAGAUUUGACACACAACUGAAAUGAGGAUAGAUUUGAUACCAAUAUCUUUUACUUUUACUUUCUUCCUAGCUACUAAAUGCUACUUUAAUGGUAUUAUCUCCUAACACUAUUAAGGAGUAUCCUUUAUAUAAAUAAACCUUCAUGGUUUUAAUUAUCUUAAGUGCUUAAUGAGUCCAUCCUGCUCUGCAGUAUUUACUAUGCUAUGGUAAGUUAUGAAUGUAUUUUUCUAGAUACAAAAUAGAAAUGUAGAAAACCUACAGCACAAUACAGGCCCUUCGGCCCAUGAAGCUGUGCCGAACAUGUCCCUACCUUAGAAAUUACUAGGCUUACCCAUAGCCCUCUAUUUUUCUAAGCUCCAUGUACCUAUCCAAAAGUCUCAUAAAAGACCCUAUUGUAUCUGCCUCCACCAUCAUUGCCGGCAGCCCAUUCCACACCCUCACCACUCUCUGCGUAAAAAAAAAACAACAACAACAACAACUUACCCCUGACAUCUCCUCUGUACCUACUCCCUAGCACCUUAAACCUGUGUCCUCUUGUGGCAACUGCUUCAGCCCUGGGAAAAAAAACCUCUCACUAUCCACACGAUCAAUGCCUCUCAUCAUCUUAUACACCUCUAUCAGGUCACCUCUCAUCCUCUGUCACUACCAAGGAGAAAAGGCCAAGUUCACUCAACCUAUUCUCAUAAGACAUGCUCCCCAAUCCAGGCAAUGUCCUUGUAAAUCUCCUCUGCACCCUUUCUAUGGUUUCCACAUCCUUCCUGUAGUGAGGUGACCAGAACUGAGCACAGUACUCCAAGUGGGGUCUGACCAGCAACACAUGCAAAAUGCAGGUGGAACGCAACAAGCCAGGCAGCAUCUAUAGAAAGAAGUACAGUCAACAUUUUGGGCCAAGACCCUUUGUCUGACAAGGGUCCUAUAUAGCUGCAACAUUACCUCUCGGCUCCUAAAUUCAAUUCCAUAAUUGAUGAAGGCCAAUGCACCAUAUGCCUUCUUAACCACAGAGUCAACAUGCACAGCUGCUUUGAGCGGCCUAUGGACUCGGACCCAAGAUCCCUCUGAUCCUCCACACUGUUUUGCAUCCUAUCAAUGUCCCACUGUAACCUUUGACAGCCCUCCACACUAUCCAGGACACCUCCAAGCUUUGUGUCAUCAGCAAACUUACUAACCCAUCCCUUCACUUCCUCAUCCAGGUCAUUUAUAAAAAUCACAAAGAGUAAGGGUCCCAGAACAGAUCCCUGAGCCACACCACUGGUCACCGACCUCCAUGUAGAAUAUGACCCAUCUACAACCACUCUUUGCCUUCUGUGCGCAGGCCAGUUCUGGAUCCACAAAGCAAUGUCCUGUCCCCUUGGAUCCCAUGCCUCCUUACUUUCUCAAUAAGGCUUGCAUGGGGUACCUUAUCAAAUGCUUUGCUGAAAUCCAUAUACACUAUACUGCUCUUCCUCCAUCAAUAUGUUUAGUCACAUCCUCAAAAAAUUCAAUCAGUCUGAUAAGGCCCUUGAUAAAACCAUGCUGACUAUUCCUAAUCAUUUUAUACAUCUCCAGAUAUUCAUAAAUCCUGCCUCUCAGAAUCUUCUCCAUCAACUUAACAACCACUGAAGUAAGACUCACUGAUCUAUAAUUUCCUGGGCUAUCUCUACUCCCUUUCUUGAGUAAAGGAACAACAUCUGCAACCCUCCAAUCCUCUGGAACCUCUCCUGUCCCCAUUGAUGAUGCAAAGAUCAUCGCCAGAGACUCAGCAAUCUCCUCCCUUGCAUCCCACAGUAGCCUAGGGUACAUCUCAUCUGGUCCCAUGACUUAUCCAACUUGAUGCUUUCCAAAAGCUCUAGCACAUACUCUUUCUUAAUAUCUACAUGCUCAAGCUUUUCAGUCCACAGCAAGUCAUCACUACAAUCACCAAGUUCCUUUUCCAUAGUGAAUACUGAAGUAAAGUAUUCAUUAAGUACCUCUGCUAUUUCCUCUGGUUCCAUACACACGUUCCCACUUUCACACUUGAUAGGUCCUAUUCUUUCAUGUCUUAUCCUCUUGCUCUUUAUAUACUUGUAGAAUGCCUUGGGGUUUUCAUUAAUCCUGCCUGCCAAGGCCUUCUCAUGGCCCCUUCUGGCUCUCCUAAUUUCCUUCUUAAGCUCCUUCCUGUUAGCCUUAUAAUCUUUUAUAUCUUUAACAUUACCUAGCUCUCUGAACCUUUUGUAAGCUUUUCUUUUCUUCUUGACUAGAUUUAUUACAGCCUUUGUACACCACAGUUCCUGUACCCUACCAUAAUUUCUCUGUCUCAUUGGAGACCUUUGCAGAACUUCACACAAAUAUUCCCUGAACAUUUGGCACAUUUCUUCCAUACUUUUUCCUGAGAACAUCUGUUCCCAAUUUAAGCUUCCAAUUUCCUGCCUGAUAGCCUCAUAAUUCCCCUUACUCCAAUUAAAUGCUUUUCUAAGAAUACGUACACGACACUGGAAGAACUCAGCAGGUCAGGCAGCAUCCGUGACAAAAGAGUAGCCAAUGUUUCGGGCCGAGACCCUUCAUCAGGAAUGGGGGGGGAAGAGAGGGCCAAAGCCCAGUAAUAGGGGAGGGGGAAGGGCUAGCGCAGGUCACACCUACCCCAAAAGAGGUCGCAAUGAUCCAGAAAUCUGAAUCCCUGCCCCCCGCUUCAACCCCUCAGCCAUGCAUUUAUUCUCAUCCUAUUCCUGCACUCAGUCGCGUGGCACAGGCAGUAAUCCUGAGAUCACUACCUUGUGGUCCUGCUUCUCAACUUCCUUCCUAACUCCCUGUAGUCUGUUUUCAGGACCUCUACCCGUUUCCAUUGGUACCAAUAUGUACCAUGGCCUCUGGCUGUUCUCCCUCCCUCUGCAGGAUAUCUUGGAUGCGAUCUGAAACAUAUCAGACCCUGGCACCUGAGAGGCAAACUACAAUCCGAGUUUCUUUCCUGUGUUCAUAGAAUCGCCUGUCCCCUAUCACUACUGCCUUCCUCCUUUCACUGCCCUUCUGAGCCACAGGGCCAGACUCUGUGCCAGAGGCACUGCCACUGUUGCUUCCUCCAGGUAGGCUGUCCCCCCCCCAACAAUACUCAGACAUGAGUACUUAUGGUUAAAGGGUACAGCCACAGGGGUACUCUCUUGUACCUAACUCUUGCCCUGCCCUCUCCUGACUGUUACCCACUUGUCUGUAUCCCGUGGCCCCGGUGUGACCAUCUGCCAAUAACUCCUUUCUAUCACCUCCUCGCUCUCCCUGACCAGACAAAGGUCAUCGAGCUGCAUCUCCAGUUCCCUAACUCGGUCCCUUAGGAGCUGCAGCUCGACAUAUCGGAUGCAAAUAUGGCUGUCCGGGAGGCUGAAAGACUCCAGGACCUCCCACAUCUGACACCAAGCACAGAAAACCAGGCUCACACACAUACAGUACUUCCUUUCUGCAGUUAACACAGGUAAUUAACAGGCUACCUCGCCUCAUUACCACCUAAGCCCAUUGAGCCAAGCCCUAUCACUCUACUACCCUCUCACUCCGCUGCCCGCUGGAUAUGGCGGUCUUCAUUUUGAACUUCUCCGCUCUAUUGGCUGACGUCACGAGCCUGCGCAGUCUUGCCUCUCUUUUACCCCGAGUAGUAAAAUGUCUUUGCUCCAGAAAUCCUUAGCCAUUCCACUCGCAGCCACCUUGCUCUGAAUCAAAAAAAUGAAAUGUUUGUCGAGAUUGCAUUUGAAAAGCAAAGAACAUAUUACCCACAUUAAGAAUGUGCUGAGGGCACUAAUGUAGGAGCCCUUUAUAGUGGAAUGUGCAUAAAGGUACCUUGCUAGAUGCUUGGAUACCUAUUCUACACUUGAAUAAUGAAGCCAAAUAAAGAGAAGCACAGACAGAUUUACAGGCAUCUUCCCUUUCUCAGGCAAUGAAUACAAUGUACUGUAGUAAUUUGGAGAAGCUGUAUGUGAAUUAAUAUGCAAGUUGAAAAGUUUGUUUUUGAAGGAUUGGACUCUGAAGUUUAAGGAAAUAAAUAGAAAGGCAUUUUUGUAUUGAAACUUUACAAGAGAAUAAUACUCAGCAAUUGGGAUAGUAGAAUAAGGAAGAAUGGAACCGUUGGUCAAGAACGAUGAAACAUUUGGUUGGAAGUGGAUUAUAUAAUAGCUUGUUGGAAGGGUCAAUGAUUGGCGGCUAGGUAAAAGCUAAGGAUAAAGGAUACUUUUGUGAGAAGGAUUGAUGUGGAAAUAAAAGUCUGAUAAAUAAGAUCUGGGUGUUAUUUGCCUGUAAAAAUAUAUCACUACAAUUUUCAUUCUAUUCAAUCCAUGAAAUAUUUUUUUAAGUAAAACUUAACUAACUUUAAAUAUAUGCCUUGGUCAGAGGGUUAAUUUUCAAACCCUAUACCAGAAACACAAUCUUGUCUUACCCUUUAAUGUAAUACAGAUCAACUGCCUCAGUGUUAGAAGUUGUCUUAACCAUGAUCCAUUCUUUUCUUAUGUGUAUUAUAUUACAUAUACCAUCCUGGUCAAAAUUGCUUGCAAGUGCAGAACCAAGUUUGGUAAAGCUAACAAAAAUCAACAAAAUUGCAGGUUCUGGAAAUCUGAAGCAUAAAAUAGAAAAUACUGAGACUACAUUUAUGGAAAGAAAAACAGUCAAUAUUUUGUAUCUGUGACCCUUCACCAAAACUGGGAUGUAUAGCCAGGAUGAAGCAUGGAGAAGAAAGCACUAGGGGUAAUUUAUAGACUCCCAGCGGUAAUAAUAGUAUGCACAGAGCAUGGGUCAGGAAACAGAAGAGUAAAUUGUUCAUGUGGAGGAUUUUGAUCCUUGUGUCGAAUGAGUCAACUGACUGGCAAAUAAUGGGCUCUAGGUUAAGUCCAUUGAAUCGGUUCAGCAUGUUGUUGAAUGUGGAUAAAUCUAAAACAAGGACUUCAGGUUUAAACGAAGUCUGAUAUAAAAUUAUGAAAUUUGCAUAGGACAAUAUAGAAUGGAAAUUUGAUAAUGUGUGAUUGAGGAUAAUAGUAAACAUGUAAAGAACUAACCCAUUAUUCUCCAGAGGUUAGAAGUUACCAAGAAGGGUAGCUUUCAAUGUAGCAUUAAUUAUGAGACCUGCCCUUUUAUACAAAGACAAAAAAAAACUGCAGAUGCUGGAAAUUGGAACAAGAAACAAAAUGCUAAAAGAACUCUGAAUAAACAACAUCUGUGGAAACAAAAGGUGUAGAUUAACAUUUUGGUUUGAGACUUAGCAUCAUGACUGAGAGAGAAGUGGAAAGACUGUCAGUUCUAUUAGUAUUGGGGUUGGGAUAGAGGCUGGGGAAGAUGAACAAGGGGAGGAGAAGAAUAGGUGGAUAUGUUAAAUAUAUGUGGGAGAACACUGGGUGAGUGAGUCAUCUGAAAUUGGAAAAUUCAAUGUCUUCCUCAAUUUCUUUAUCGUUGUUUCAAGAUAAGAUCUUACGCUCACAAGUUACUGCACUGUCCAAUUUCUUCCAGAAACAGGCCUUUCCUUCUGUCAUGAUAGGGCCCUUGCACAUAUAUUUCCCCUAUGUCUGCUCUCAACCAAUAUUAGAUUUCAUAACCUGCAAUCCUUUGUUGCCUCCACCUCUUAGACUCUUUCCCCAUCUCCAUAUGUACUUCUGCACCUAACUCCAUUCUUUCAAACAUGUCACAUCUGGAUCCAAUUCUUACCCCAUCCCUCUUCUCACCUUUUUAUUAGUUACAUGCCCUCUACUCUCUCAGUCCAGGUGAAGUGUCAACAUUCAAUGGCCUAAAACAUCAACUGUCUAUUUCCCUACACAGAUGUUACUCGCCUCUUGAAUUCCUUCAGAAGCUUCUCUUUUUUUCAUUCCAAGAACCUUAGCAGCCUUUCUAAGUGAGACAGAAGUUUGUCUACAACUUACUUGUUUAUUUUAUUUCACUUAGAGGCAGUGUGGAAGAGGCCUUUUUGGCCCAGUGAACCACACUGCCCAGCAACCUACCUAUUCAACACUAGCCUAAAUCACAGGGCAGUUUACAAUGACCAGUUAUCCUAGCUAAUGUAUCUUUGGACUUUGGGAAGAAACCCACAUGGUCAUGGGGAAAACGUACAAACCCCUUACACAUGGCACUGGUAUUGAAUUCCAAACUCCAAGUUGUAUUAGUGUUGCACUAACUGCCAUGCUACUGUGGCAUCCAUCCCUUCAACCUGAAUUUGCUGCAUUCAUUGCUCAUGAUGUGGCCUGCUCAAUGUUAGUAAAACCAAAUGUAGAGUAGGUGAUCGUCUUGCAGUGUCCCUGCACUUUGUCCACAGUGGCCAUCUUGCAUUCUCCUUCGAUCUCCAUAAACAGCCAGGGUGUCCUUCGCCUUCUCCAUUGCUAUGAGGCCAUAUACAUACAAGUUGGAAGACCAACAUCUCAUUUUCUGCUUGGGUGGCUUACAACUCAAUCGUAUGAACAUUGAUUUUUCCAGUUUCAGGUAAUCUAGUGUUCUUCUCCAACACACACUCACCAAUUUUCUUCUUCAUCCCCCUCCUCCCAUCUGAUUCCAUCACCCCUUCAUUCUCACUCACCCACCCCUCCCCUAUUCCACUUACCAGCCUUUGACCCUUAACUCAGGUUGUUCUAUUCUACCAAUCUUUCCUCGUCCCUCUCAGCUCUGAUAUAGGAUCUUGACCCGAAAAGCCAAACUACAUUUUUGCCUCCACAGAUGCUGCUUAGCCCACUGAACUCUUUCAGCAUUUUGCUCUAUUGCAAUUUGUUUCAAGGUCCCUGAAUAGCAUUGAAGCAGAGCCUGUCUAUUGCACUCCAGAAUUAAUAUGUAAAUUUGAGAAGUUUAAGAGUUGUGAGUGCAAUAUUCAAAUGUCUUCUUGCUGCCAUGAUGUUGAUUUGGUUGUGUUGGGUUUCCAUUCAAAGUUGUUUCUAUGGUAUGAUGUAGACAAUGGAUUUGCAUGUUGAUUCGCAGUCUGCCAAGUAUGAUGUAUUUUUUCCUUCUAAGCUAUUCUUUGUGCAUAAGUUUUGCAAAUAUUGAUAAUACAUUCAUGUGUCACUAUUCACAAUACAAGAUGAAUCACUCAAUUUGCUUUCAAUAUUAGCAUUACAGCAGUUUCUCUCCACAUGAAAUAGAAAGGCAAUAAGGGUGAGAAUUUUUUUUUGCACUAGUUCCAAGCCCACAAUAUGCAUUGUUGUGGAGCCUGGGCCAUACCUGCACCUCGUUAAGUAAGACCAAAGGUGCCUUCCUUAAAUUAUUUUCUGUGAUUGGAGUACUGCUGCCACAAUCCCAACUUCUGCUUCAUCAUGACCAAUGUUCUACAUGCAACUAGUCUGCAAGUUGAUGAUCUUUUGGUAUACCCUAGCUUAUUUGAACCACAUUCCCAGUGCCCUUAGGAAAUGAACCAUCUAUCAGUCAACUUUUACCUAAAACAUAACUUACUGAAAUUCACUCUGGCACUUGAGAGGGUUCAGAUGGGUCACAGAUCCUUAUUAAUCUACAGACUGACAAUGGAUCCAAACAAAAGGUGGUGACAGCAUCUAUGUAGAUGAAAGCUUCAACUUGAAUCUCUGCAUAUUAUCUUCACCCUUAUCCCCAAAUUCUCCAGAUUUAGUCAGAAAGGUUACUGUUUCCCACUGUUGUAUUGUGUGUAAUCCACAGUAUUAAGAAAAUUUUACUCCAUAGCACACAAAACGGGGAAUCUUUAUAACCUAUUGUAUCUUAAUCUUCCAGGUUAGAAUUUAGAGUUGACCUUUGUUUUCCAUACAUCACUGAAGUAGCAUUCUGACCCAGAAAGUGUACUAUUUGGCCAAGAUCUAUGGUGGACCUCCAGUUGGCUAAUGGUGGGAGAUUCAGUGAUGAUGCCGUUUAAUGUAGCUGGUUGGAGCUUUUCUCACUAUUGGAGCCUACUGUGAUAUAUGUUACUUAUCACAUGAACCCCACCCAAGUCAGGAAAUAGGUUUCAUGUUUCCAAGAGUUGGAGAGAAGAACUAAAUGUUAGAGAUGUGAGAAAACAGCCAUAUGAAUGGAUUAAGAUUAGAUUGAGACUGAAGGGAUGAAUAUUUAGGCCAAGACCUUCGAUGAAGAUAUCCUACAUUCUGUACUACUGCUAUAAUGACCAGCUGGCAACAACUAAAACCAUUGUUCAGGCAGGCAGGCAGGUAGACAGGUCCCCGGGUUCAGGCAGGCGGACAGGCAGGUCUAGGUGGCUAGAUAGGCUGGCGGAUAGUCCUCCCUGGGCGGGCCGCAUAUAUCCCGGGAAGGGCUGCCUCCCACAUUAUCAUUACAGAUCCCAGAGUGUUUCAUUGAUGCAUUUUACUAAAGCCUCUUGUCAUUCACAACUAAACAGCAAUUCCUUUACAUUCAUUGGUAUUCACUUCUUGUACAUGUCUUUUGAAUCAAUGUGUGGGAAGGUCUAAAGCUAAAUCUGUAAAACCUUAAGAAGUAGUUUUUAACUCAAUUUACAAACGUUAAUAGUAUUAGACUUCAAAACUGCAGAUUCCAUGUCAGUAAAUGCAGUUGCAAUGUUGGAAAUAGGUAAAUAUGGAGAGUAGAGAUUAAUCCAGAAUUUAGGGAAAUAUACCAUUUUGUGAAAACAAGAAUUAAGUAUGGACAAAAAAUUAUUACCCCACUGUAAAGCAGUGAUUCAAAAAGGCUCCCCUCUAAUGUCUACAGCACUAUUAGGGUUGUGCAAUAAAAUCUGGCCUUGCCAACUCUGGUUCACUGGAAGUUGCACUUAUAAGCAGCUCAUGCAUACAAAGUGUUAGGAUGCAUAGUGUGAUGGAGUUGCUGUUAUUAGAACUAUUAACCACAGAAAACAAAUUAAGAAUGAAUACUAAUUUUCCUGCAACAGUAUCCUUCAGAGAAAUCUGAAUGGUUACAUUAAACUGAUUAUAGCUACUUUGCCCUCAGUUAUUCAAUGUAUUUCUUACUUGUGAACUGUUUGGGUUAAAAUUCUCAGGAAUGGAACCUAGGAGAAUCUGUAUGCUAAAAUUGAAGUGCUAACCUGUAGAAGCUAAAAAGACUGUAUUAACAUACAGUCUAUCUGUGACAUCAACUUUGUGGACCCUAUACAGAUUAUAAAGGAGAUAUUUGCUGUCCUGAACAAAUUAGGGUGGAUAAGCUCCCAGGGCCUGACAAGGUGUUCACUCAGACCCAGUGGGAGGCAAGUGCAAAAAUUGCUGGGGUCCUUGCAGAGAUAUUUAAAUCAUCUAUAGCAACAAGUGAGGUACCAGCGGAUGUGGGUAGCCAAUGUUGUUCCACUAUUCAAGAAAGGCUCAAAAAUAAACCAGGAAAUUACAGGUCGAUGCCCUGACAUUGGUAAUGAGAAAGUUACUGGAAGGUAUUCUGAGGGACUGAAUAUAUGAGUAUUUGGACAGACAUGGACUGAUUAAGGGUAGUUAGCACAGCUUCAUGCGUGGUAGAUCGUGUCUAACCAAUCUUAUAGAAUUUUUCAAGUUUUUCAAGUUACCAGGAAAGUUGAUGAAGACAAGGCAGUAGACAAACUCCUGCAAGAGAGGUUGGUUAAGUUUAAUUGCUUGGCAUUCAAGAUGAGGUAGUAAAUUGGGUUAGACAUUGGCUUUGUGGGGAAAGUGCAGGAUAUAGCUGCAUCUCUAACUGGAAGCCUGUGACCAGUGGAGUGCCAGAAUGGAUCAGAGCAGUGUCCAUUGUUGUUCAUCAUCUACAGCAAUGAUCUGGGUGAUAAUGUGGAUAACUGCAGAUGACACUAAGAUGGGAAGUGUAGUGGGCAGUGAGGAAAACUAUCAUGGCUUGCAGUGGAAUCUGGAUCAGCUGUAAAAAUGGUAGAUGAAAUUUAGUGCAGACAGGUAUGAGGUGUUGCAUCAGGGUUGGUCUUAUGCAGUGAAAGGUAGGGCACUGAGUCGUCCAGUAGAACAAAAGGAUCCAAGAGUGUAGGUGUAUAAAUUCAUUCAAAGUGGUCACAGGUUGACAGGGUUGUAAAGAAGGCUUUUGGCACAUUAGCCUUCAUAAAUCAAAGGAUUUGGAAUGUUAUAUUUAAGUUGUAUAAGACCUUCGUAAGGCCUAAUUUGGAGUAUUGUGUGCAAUUUUGUUACCUACCUACAGCAAAGAUGUAAAUAAGGUUAGAAACAUAGAAAAUAGGUGCAGGAGUAGGCCAUUCGGCCCUUUGAGCCUGCACCGCCAUUCAGUAUGAUAAUGGCUGAUCAUCCAACUCAGAACCCUGUACCUGCUUUCUCUCCAUACCCCCGAUCCCUUUAGCCACAAGGGCCAUAUCUAACCUCCUCUUAAAUAUAGCCAAUGAACCGGCCUCAACUGUUUCCUGUGGCAGAGAAUUCCACAGAUUCACCACUCUCUGUGUGAGGAAGUUUUUCCUCAUCUCAGUCCUAAAAGGCUUCCCCUUUAUCCUUAAACUGUGACCCCUCGUUCUGGACUUCCCCAACAUUGGGAACAACUUUCCUGCAUCUAGCCUGUCCAAUCCCUUUAGAAUUUUAUACGUUUCAAUAAGAUUCCCCCCUCAAUCUUCUAAAUUUCAAUGAGUAUAAGCCUAGUCAAUCCAGUCUUUCUUCAUAUGCAAGUCCUGCUAUCCCAGGAAUCAAUCUGGUGAACCUUCUUUGUACUCCCUCUAUGGCAAGAAUGUCUUUCCUCAGAUUAGGGGACCAAAACUGCACACAAUACUCUAGGUGCGGUCUCACCAAGGCCUUGUACAACUGCAGUAGAACCUCCCUGCUCCUGUACUCAAAUCCUUUUGCUAUGAAUGCCAACAUACCAUUUGCCUUUUUCACCGCCUGCUGUACCUGCAUGCCCACCUUCAAUGACUGGUGUACAAUGACACCCAGGUCUCGUUGCAUCUCCCCUUUUCCUAAUCAGCCACCAUUCAGAUAAUAAUCUGUUUUCCUGUUCUUGCAACCAAAGUGGGUAACUUCACAAUUAUCCACAUUAAAUUGCAUCUGUCAUGAAUUUGCCCACUCACCUAACCUAUCCAAGUCACCCUGCAUCCUCCUCACAGCUAACACCACCACCCAGCUUCGUGUCAUCCGCAAACUUGGAGAUGCUGCAUUUAAUUCCCUCGUCUAAAUUAUUAACAUAUAUUGUGAACAACUGGGGUCCCAGCACUGAGCCUUGCGGUACCCUACUAGUCACUGUCUGCCAUUCUGAAAAGGUCCCGUUUACUCCCACUCUUUGCUUCCUGUCUGCCAACCAAUUCUCUAUUCACAUCAAUACCGUGUGCUUUAAGUUUGCCCACUAAUCUCCUGUGUGGGACCUUGUCAAAAGCCUUUUGAAAUUCUAAAUAUACCACAUCCACUGGCUCUCCCCUAUCCACUCUACUAGUUACAUCUUCAAAAAAUUCCUUAAGAUCCGUCAGACAUGAUUUUCCUUUCACAAAUCCAUGCUGACUUUGUCCAAUGAUUUCACCAAAUGUGCCGUUCCACAUCUUUGAUAACCGACUCUAGCAUUUUCCCCAUCACCGAUGUUAGACUAACCAGUCUAUAAUUUUCCAGUUUUUCUCUCCCUCUUUUUAAAAAGUGGGGUUACAUUAGCCACCCUCCAAUCCUCAGGAACUAAUCCAGAAUCUAAGGAGUUUUGAAAAAUUAUCACUAAUGCAUCCACUAUUUCUUGGGCUAUUUCCUUAAGCACUCUGGGAUGCAGACCAUCUAGCCCUGGGGAUUUAUCUGCCUUUAAUCCCUUCAAUUAACCUAACACCUCUUCCCUACUAACAUGUAUUUCCCUCAGUUCCUCCAUCUCACUAGACCCUCGGUCCCCUACUAUUUCCGGAAGACUAUUUAUGUCCUCCUUAUUGAAGACAGAACCAAAGUAGUUAUUCAAUUGGUCUGCCAACAUUCAGAAGGAUGUUUCUGGGUCUGGAGGACCUGAGCUACAAGAAAAGAUUGAAUAGAUUAGGACUUUAUUCCUUGGAAGGUAAAAGACUUAGAGAUUUGAUAGAUACAAAAUUGAAGGGUUAAUAAGGUAAAUGUAAGCAGUCUUUUUCCUCAAAGUCAUGGCUUAAGGGUGAAAGGUGAAAUGUUUUAGAACACGAGGGGAACUUCACUGAGGAGCAUCAGAGCGUAUACGAGCUGCUAGCACAAAUGGUGCACGAAAGUUCAAUUUUGACAUUUAAGUUUGGAGGGCUAUGGGCCUGGUACAGGUUGAUGGGACUGGGCAGUUUAAAUGGUUUGGCAUGAAUCAGAUGUGCCAAUUUCUGUCCAGUACUUUUCGUGAUUCUAACACCAAAAGCAAUAUACAAUAGAAUUCCACAAACACUGGAUCAGAUAAAGUCUGCGGUCCUGACAAUGGUGGGCCAUUAAAUGGCCAAUAGACUAUUCGGCAUGGGAAUGUUUUUGGGGUAAUGUCAGAAUUCAAUUUCUGAAUGCCCAAGAUCAGGCAUUCAUUGCCAUCUUCACCCAUACUGUUUCCUCCUGAAGUUCUUAUUUAAAAAAAUGCCAUUUUGAUACCAAGAAUUGGAUUUCUACUUAAUUUCACAGAAAGAAUGGAUGAUUUAUUUUUCUGACACACCAUCUUCUCAACUCAAGUAGUAUUUUCAAUACCAAUGUUAUGCUUCUAUACAAAGGUUUUGACAAGCAUAGAAGCCAAUAACUAUAGGCUACAAUAUUGGAAAAAGGCAGUUGUCUGACUUAAGUCUACUUAA